AUGACUCCCAUGUCCAAUUUUCUGCGUUGUGUUUCCAUCAUCAGGGCCGACAGCAGUACUACCACCGGCGCCAGUGCCAGCUGCCUCAGCAGCCGGGGGGGAGGCCCAUCGAGUGACAGCUCGUCCGGUCCCUCCUCUCCGCACCAGGAGGAGGACCCUCUGAGUGACCGCCUGCUGCUCGGACCACACAACAUCCACGAGGGACAGCACCCGGUCAAGUUCGGAGAGCUCGUGCUUCUAGGGUACAAUGGGUCUCUACCCCACGGCGAGAAAGGUAGGCGGCGGAGCAAAUUCUUCCUGUACAGGCGUCCCUACCCCAAUGGCAUCAAGAAGUCCAAGCACUAUAUUGUCAAGACACCGCAGUCUUCAAAGGCGGUCCUGGACACCAAGCAGCACUCCAUUUCGUACACGUUAUCGCGGACGCAAGCAGUCAUCGUGGAGUAUGUGCUCGACGAGGAAACGGACCUCUUUCAGAUUGGCCGCUCCUCGGAGAGCCCCAUAGACUUUGUGGUGAUGGACACGGUGGCCGGAGGGGAUAACAAGGCGGGUGCCUGUAGGGUCGCCCAGAGCACCAUCUCCCGCUUUGCCUGCCGCAUUCUGUGCGAACGGAACCGAUCGCACCGCUCCUACGUGUUCGCCGCGGGAUUCGACUCGUCCCGGAACAUCUUCCUCGGGGAGAAGGCGACCAAAUGGCAGCAGGACGGGGAGAUAGAUGGCUUGACGACCAACGGCGUCCUUAUCAUGCACCCGCAAGGGUCCUUCUGCGGCGGUGCCACGCCCGGCAUCUGGCGCGAGGUGUCCGUCGGUGGCAACGUGUACGCCAUUCGCGAGUCCCGAUCGGCCCCCAAGAAGGGUGUCAGGAUUGAAGACGAGACGAACGUUCUGCGAGACGGCUCGCUCAUUGACCUCUGCGGAGCUACACUCCUCUUUCGGUCGGCCGAGGGACUCAUGAAGUCACCGACGAAGCAGCACCUGGAGGCGCGGGUGGAGGAGCUGAAUGCGGGUCGCCCCCAGUGCCCUGUGGGGCUGAACACGCUGGUGAUUGCUAGCCGUGCCACACUGAGUCAAGGGGACAAGCAGCCGUACGUGUACCUGCACUGUGGCCACGUCCAGGGCCUCCACCACUGGGGACUCCCCGAGGGGGCCUCCAACGUGCGCACCUGCCCCAUGUGCCUCAAGAAGGGACCUGUGGUCAAGCUGUGUGUGGGCAUCGAACCGGCCUUCUACGUGGACAAUGACCCCCCGAACCAUGCUUUCAAUCCAUGUGGUCACAUGGCUUCCGAAAAGACUGUCAAGUACUGGGCCUCAGUGUCCAUCCCGCACGGCACCAAUGGCCUCCAGGCGGCCUGCCCCUUCUGUGCCACCCAGCUGGAAGGGUACCCGGGAUACGUGCGCCUCAUCUUCCAGGACCACAUUGACUGAUUAUUUGUCUCCGGGUUUCCCCACCACUUCCCCUCCCUCCUGUUGUCCUUGCUCUCGUGGGGCCUCGGCAGCUGACUGCACUCGCGAGCGUUCCGAAGAAGAAGAGUGUGAGAAAAAAAAGCCAGCGAGGCUGUCGUGCCCUUCCUCGGCUUUGACCUUCUGUGGUUGCCACGAGAGCUGCAAGGGCCGAUCGCCGAUGGCACUUUCUUCAGGGCAGUGGUGUUUCGGGCCAGUUGGUGCAACAUAUUGUAAACAUAUGAGCGGAAAACAGCACAAACUGAAAGGAAAUGACAGAACAGAUGCUUGACUUACGACUGUUGCAAGUUGAGCAUCCGUCCCGUCAUUUCCAUUCUGUUCCGGCUGUAUUUCCGCUCACACAUUUACAAUAUGGAACUCUACUAGCUAGCGCCACGUUACUGCUGCUAUCCGCUCAUCCAUUGGGGCAGGAUCGUCACGGGCUGCGGCAUGCAAGAAUCAUGAGAUGCAGCGUCGUCCUUGUUCCUCGCAUCGUUGGACGAGAGUUCGUGGAAGUUGCUGAAGAAACUUAGACGUUGCUGGCUGGUACGGUUCGCGAGACCUAGGGACACGAAGCACCACAUUUCACCACUGGAGUACAGCGCCGAGAACAGCAGAGCUGUGGUGGACUCGGGGCUGACGCCGCACCAGUGAGAUCUAACUGUGUACGUGGUUGCGAGCCUCCCAGUUACAAGGAGGCUGGUGGGACACCUGAGGUGUGCAACGUGGAUGGUGCCAUGCGUGGCUUUCGUGGCAUGCGAUAGCAUAUAAAGAAAAACGAUAAAAGAAACAGCUAAAUUCUGGAGGGAAGGUUGAUGGUACACUUUUAAUGUGAGAUCUAGUGAAGUACGAUGGAGAAGCCUUAGUUGUCUAAACCAUGAUUGAAAACCCCGAUGACCAGGAGGUCUAAGAGAUAUAAGAGGCUAUAAUUUUAUAGGAAGUCUCGAUGUGAGAUCCGAUGUAACGUGGUGAUAAUUUCAAAAGAUGAAGAAAGUCUAGCAAGGCAUAGUCCUGCCAGGGCACCAGUUGACCCCAACAGGACAAAACGCACUGUACUGGGCAUUGCGCACUGCAGGUGUCAAGUCGCAGACUUCAGAGUUGUUGUUUUUGCACCGAGUGCAGUAUAAUCGCUUGCGUGAAGAAGAAGUCGCUGUUUUUGCUCUCUCGUGAUGUCGUGAAAGGACCGAAUCUGUGCUGUGUCGAACCCAGAUUGGGGUCGGAACUGGGGGGCCCGCUUCAUGCGGCUAGUUUUACGUUUCAGAUUCCGUGUGGUGUGUUUAGUGCAGGGAAGGGCUUUGGGUGCUUUUGACAGGCAUGAUGGGAGGUAAAUGCUUUUGCAUUAUGUUGUAUUAUGUCAUUGCAUUGAGCAGCAGCGUGGGAGGUAUUUGUCUGUUUUCCAGGUAGGUUGUCAAUGGGGUGCUCACGAUGGCACCUGCCUUCGCGUUAAAAUUGGGACUCUUGCGUGCACCAGUAUCCCGCUUUUCAAUGCAGCAUCACUUGACGCUGCACGCAAUCAAGCGGCAAAUAUGUGGGUGGCCGUUCUGUCGAAGGCUUGGCAGUUGGAGGCAUUUAGUGGUGCGCUCGUUCCGAUUUGCGUUAAACCCACGAACUAUCGGAUGCAGCGGAGUUGGCUACGAGAUGUCCGCAGGUGAAAUGGAAUUGCUUGAUUGUUUACGAAACUUUGAAUGCCAGGUCGCGGCGAAAUUCGUAGUGCAGAGAAGUGCGUGCGGUCUCGUUUGUUGUAAUGACUCACUGUGCCAUUUCAAGACACCACCAACUGUUACGGACCAUAAUCUGUUUUAAAGUUUUGACUAAAGCCGCUCUGCCGGGGGGGCGCCUGUAUUUCAGGACCAAGUAGACACAUUGUAGCACUACACGACUACUGCAAAGGGAAAUGAACGCUGAAGCACUGCUAGCAACGAGCUUUGCUCGGAGACAAACGUUGCGCGAUAACUGAUUUGACUGAGAACAUAGUUUGCGUUGUCGAGCUGUUUUUGAAACACAGAAUCUCUUGUAGUGCCAAGUUGUAGGAUUACUUAAGAAUUGACGGAAUGUUUUAGUGUCAUUCUUGGUGUUUGGUGUGUGUUUUUUUUGCUUUUUUUUGGCCACUGGUGUUGAAUUCUAUGCCUUUGCACAAAAUGGCAUUGUGCACAUGUCCUAGCAUUGUUGACCCCUUUGGCAUGAACAGCACAAUUGAAAAACAGUGCUGUGGACUUUGCCUUUCAGGGUUUCUGCCACCUUGAGGUACGUUUGAAUUUCUGUGGCGGGAAGUGAUGACACCUUUUUUCACAUUCAACCAAAGGAUCUAUAUUCAUCUUGUACUUGAGACAUUAGGUCAGGGAAGUCAAUUUUUGUAGUUGCAUUUCAUCAUUUUAUGCUUGGGUUUCACAUUGUUUCACAGAAUUGUCUUUGUGAGAGAAGCAGCCUGCACAAUCCUGAGAUUGGUGAUGUCCUUUGUAAUUUUUUUUUUGCAGCCGUGUUUCAAUGGCUAACAAGAAUGUAUUCCAUAGUGGUGUGAGUUCGUAGAUUGUGCUUGUUGAUACAUCUUUUUUUUUUGUUUAGUGUGCUAGCACUAGGCCUUCCCAUUUGGCAAACAGCUGUUGUUUGUCUGUGCACUGUAUGAGCAUAAAGACCUAACAGAAGCACAUAUGGCAGAAAGAAGGCUAGGAGCAGGUACAUGACAUGCUAAAGAAGAGUAAUCACCUGCAACAAAUCGCACGAUCCCGCCUCGUAUGGUUUAGACAAUCAGCAUGUGUCCCACGACAGCUGCAGCCAAUAGGAAGCCGCGCUCGACUGUAGUUGUGGCCGGUGAGGGGAAGCGUCACACAUUCCUCCUCGUCUCAGCAGAGAUUUAGCAGCGCAUCAGAACAAGCCAUGUCGCAGUUUGGAUAUGGGCCAAAGUUGAGGCACUGGGUCCUUCUGGGUUGGUCGGCGCGGUGUGCUGGGCUUCAUGGAACACAUGACUAUGUCUUAAAUGGCGUGAGCGUGCGUCGGCUGAUCCUCGCAUUGUGGCUUAACAAGAGAAGUUGGAAGCAGACAGGUUGAGAAAAUGUCGUGAAUGUGCAGAUGAAAUUCCUGCACUGACAGAACGGCAUAUUGACGCUGGUGCCGAGGCUACGAGAAGCGUGUGGGCUAGCCAAACUCCUGAACCGCGACAAUGCUGUGUUCAAGCUGUGAGGACUCAAUGAGUGAAGGAAUAGUGCUAGCACACAGUAGGUCAUGCUUAGCGAGAGCUAAGCCAUCAGCCAGUUUUCUUUUCCGCUUCCUCUGGUGUUUCCAUUUUGCGAGACAUUCGCAGCAAGACAUUCCGAUCUUCCUACAUGUGUUGCACGGCUACAGCGCAGAAAAAAAACUGCGUUUGUUGACUUUAUUUUUUAAAAGAAAUCACCUGCCACCACAUAGCAGCAUCGAGUCUGCGUUAUGAAAUUCAUUGGGCGUUUGUCAUUUCAUCAACGAGGAUUGCAUAUUUUUUCACUUUUGUUUUCUGUACUAGUUUGCCAUCACAGUGACAUCGCAUUUCACGGGGGGUUCUGAUAAGCUGGUCUCAUCCAGUUCAUUGAAAACUUUGUAGCAUUGUGCUUUAACUGUUGCCGUUAAUGACAUUCAAGAUGCACUCUGAACUAAUCCACUACGACGCGUGCUCUCCAUGACUUGGCUGUUCUGCAGUGCUUUCGGCUUGCCACGUCUCGGGAUGGAUUCUCAACCGAUCACUUUUGAGCGAUGUGGCAUGUGGUGUGGCACCACACGAGUGACGGGGUCUCGUCACUGUGCUCAUGACGUGAAAGGAACACCGGGUGUGUGGCGCACCGUCACAUUGGCAUCGUCAUGCCGACUUUCCGUCACGCCCGCUUUUUGUCACGUCCACUUUUCGUCACAUCCACUUUCGUCUGACCUCAUUGAUUCACUGCGUGCCAAGAGCAAUGCCUUUCAAUGUGAUCAUUUGAGAAUACAACUCUAGGAGGGUUCAGCAUGGAAUAACUCUCGUUGCCUGCUGCAUCUUUUUGAAGCGUUGCUUUUCAACGCGCUGUUGUCUUCUGGCUCCAUGAAAUACAUCUCAUCUUUACACUGGAUUUCUGUUUUGGAUAAACUUGUGCCAUGUUGACCUGUCGAUCUCUUUUAUGCCUUGCACACAGCCUCUUAGCGUUGAGCUUUUUUUUGUGGCAUUAGCUGGCCGUCUUUCUUUCUUGCACAGUCUUGCACACCUUGCUCGCCACUCUGUAAAAGUGGCAUGGAGAUGCAUAUGUGACGAUCAGAUAUGUUGGAAGCCUAAUGCAUGCACAACAUGUUGAGAACGUUCUUUUUCAUUACAUUAAAUGUGGCAUGCGGGUUGGGUGUAUUUACUAGUAUUAGAGAAAUGCCUUAAAAAUCUUGAUGGUGCAUAAUUUGAUUUUGUCAACUGGCUGUGUAAGGACAUGCACAGAUGCCCACGAGGAUUAGAAUGGGUGUGUGUGUGCUAGACGUUUUUCGAAAUUCGCAUAAUCUGUUUGCAACAAAGAAGGAAUGUUCUGCUUGCUCCGUUGUGCCUGGCUGUUGGCCCACAACCUCCUUAACGAGUUCAUUAGGACAGCAGGAACCAAUGUACUUCAGUAGUGCUGAAACAUAAUGAUGAACCAUAUUGCAUAGCUUUUGCCCAUGGUCAGCUAUUCAUUAACGGAUGAGUGCUGUUAAAAACUUCAUUAGCAGACUUGAGACUUGGAAAGUGAUGCCGUUUCAUGGUCUGCAGUAGGUUGGUAGAUAGACAGGCAAAGUCAGUUCUUAAGACGGCUCGUUUGCCAACACACUACUGACAAGCAGCUUAUAAGUCUAGCCACAUCUUGAGUUGGCUAGUUGUAACACAAGACGACCACUCAUUUUGCGAGUAAUUCUGCCUAAUAAUAAUAUAUAAUAGUGCCUGGGUGUAAAUGAAACAGUUGAAACUAUAAAUAUCAAAUUUGCAAAUGCAAGUGAAGUAGCAGGGAAUGUUAAAUUUAUUUUUCGAACCUCUGAUGAGAUGUGCAGCUGUUUAAUUAUCGCUUAGUGGAGCGUAAACUACAUUCGCUUGACCUUGCAGCAGGUCUGGGAUCUUCAGUGAAUGACUAGUAGAGCGGCAUUGUCUGAUCGACGUUGCAUAUGUGUAGCAGGGUUGUAUGCACAGAAUGUAGUUGUUAACAUGCAGUGCAGUGCACAGUGGCGUGCACAUAAUGCACUGGCAUAACUCUGAUUCCAUUAAUCUUUUUUUGUUUAUUGAAUGCCCCACUUGCAUUUUUGCAGCAGGGUGAGAUACUGGACAUUGUUCUUAAAAAAAAUUGUUUAUGAUGGUUCCUGACAUCCCAUCUUUUGUACUGGGUGCUGAAUGUCGAUAAACUCUUUGAAUAGACUUGCCCUGAAAGCCCGCAGCUUUUCUUUUUUUUUUAUAGCAGCGCAAUAUUUUCACGAAUAUCUUCCGUAUCUACCAUGACAAGCUUUCCAUAAAGCUGUGCGAGUAGUUCUUGAAAGCGUUUUUUUUUUUUCAGCCAUACAUGUAGAGUUUUUCAAUACAUUCUUUGGAGAGCUCACUUUCUGUUAGAUGCUCGGUUUUCUCGAUCAUUUCACGCUUUUCAUCUUCGAGAAAGUACGGCGUCACUUUAUCUCAUUGCUUGGUGGUUAUUCUAGAGCCUCUGUUGCAUGCUCACCUGCAUUCAUUGCAGUUCUUUGUGUUUUUUUAACUGUCUGUUGCUGUUUCUCGUGUUUGUUGGCUUUGUGGUUGAACGCGAUUGGUCAAAAUUCUAAUUAUGUUAAUUUCGCUAGAAGGCAUGCACACAUUUUGUCUUUUAUUUCACGCCUAGCAUGGGCAGUACAUGUGGCUUGCAUAUCAUUUUUUUUUUCUUUUUUUCAUCAAUGAACUGUUCUAAUGACAAGAGAAACAUCUGCAUAAGGUGUUUGUAUCAUUAACGAUCAUCGUGCAAAGUUGCUUGGUUAAACUGCUUGUUUAUAGCUUUGAUUCUCGUUGUUAUUCUGCAUAUAAUUUUUCCUUUUUGCCAUCUUCUACAUAUUUAACACUUUCUCUACUUUAUUUGACAUUGACACAUUCAUCAAUGUUGUCCGGCUGCCACAUAUUAGCUCUUCCUAAGCUUGUAAAGAAUUGUAAAAAUUUUGCUGUUGGUCUCGUAGUUUAAGCCUGAUACACUUGCGUUGCUUUCGUCUUAAUUUACAUUUUUUAAGAGUGCCAUUUACAAUGACCAAUUUUCACACGUACUCGCAAUUCAUGCGAGACUUCGUCUAAGGUUGCUCUCGAAGCUGUCAGGCAAUUGCCUUUUCACAUGUCACUUUUCAUUCUGAAAGGAAGUCAUUCCAUUUGUGUUGUUUUGUGUUGGGAUUUCUUUUUGUUUUCCAUGUUCACUUGAUAUGUUUGUGCAAAACUUCCUAUGUUGCUGAAUUUGUAUGAACACUUUCCGUGUUGUAGCAGUUGGUAGCAACGUAAUUUGGACACAUUCAGCGAGACCUUCUCCAAUAUAGCGAGUGAUGUUUACUGAAGAUCUUGGGUUUUUGUUCUUGUUUUCCAAGUCUACAUGCACCAUUAUGACAUGUGAAUUCUACUUUCUUCUGUGUUUUGCGUGUAUAAAUCGCCUGCAUUGAAAUGGGCAGGUAUAAAUUCAUUGAAUAGUGCAAGCUGAAUUAUGUAGCUAUCAAUUUCAAGUGUCAGCUUUUGCUUCUAGACUUCAGAUCUCUUUUUGUUUUCUUGUGAACCCCACAUGACAAGCGUUUCAGUCUGCCCAUUAAAAAUUUUAAUGAAGUUUAGGUUAUGGUCAUCUGCGGCUAUGGGCAGACUCUGUAACUUGAGUAUUUAAGCUACCCUGUUUAAGUUGCUCCCUUUGAAGUGGAAAAGCCAUUUACAGUGCUUUUACAAUCUAUGUUCGGACCUCUUGGGAGGGUUACUGCACAAGUUGACUUCGAAAAUGAUAUCUUGCAGCAAACAAAAAAUUCAGUUUGCUGUGGCACGCAAUGUAUGAUUGUUCCAGCGAGGUCCUGCCAUAUCUGUACUUACUGAAGUGAUUUUCUUGAUAUGCCUAUCUUUUUUGUGUGCUAAGGAGUGCUGUUCUUUUAACUACUAUAUUUGAGGGUGCUUUCCAGUACGACAGGUGCCAUGCUGUGUACUUCCAUGUGCUGAGUGCUCAUGUCAGAGUUCCUCGGUUCUCUAUGUUUAUGUUGAGUGGUUUUAAAUGUGCACUGAACUAGCCUGCAUAGCUUGUGUAGUGGAACCUGGGGCACGCAUUAUCUAGCAAGCAGUGAUGCUAGUUGAUGUAACAAAAUGAUCUGAUACUGUUGCAAAAGAAAACAUUUGAAAAUAUACCUCAGCACAAAUUUUCGAAAUUGCAGGAACCGUGAAGUCACACUGAGCAAUGUACAUGCCUCUACGAGUGAAUUUACAUUGCCUCACUCUGAGGUGUUUUCCAUGUACGUAUUGUCACGUGGUUCUGACUACACGGUUACAAUCAACAGAAAAUGAAGUAUGUGUGUGAAUAUACUUGUGCGGAAAGUGCUUUGUUUCAUGAGCGUUUGGACACAUUGGUUCAAAGGUGGUUUAGGCACUGUUUACGAUGUACGCGUCCUUUUUUGUAAUAAACACAGUGUCACGUUUUUUUAAGUUGAAUCGUACUGUUCAUGUCCGCAUUCUUCGCUAGAAGCUGUUCGUCACGGUACAUGCAUCCGAGUUCACUGACAGAAGCUGCGCAGUGGCCUUCUGUAUGAGUGCACUCCACAAAUAUUUCGUCAAGGCGCCAAGUUUUGAAGAAAUUUUCGUGGAACUCCAAGAUGCUCAGUUAGGCAGGGUUCACAAGGCUGUCAGACGCUGCCACACCUUCGGCAUCCGUCACGAUUCAGCAUUUUAUCACAGCUUUAUUUUUGUUCAGAGAACAGGAUACAGAUGGCACUGAGAGUACUAGCUAAUGCUGUUAUUGAGAAGGAACCAGUGAGGUAACGCGUCUUAUGAUGAACCCUGGUCCUUGACGGUGACGUGACGUAGCGUUUGAUGGCCGUGUGGAUCUUGUCUCAUACUAAUCAGCUCCCUCUCUUAUUAGCACAAAAGUUAUAUCAACUGAAGCAUCUGAAAAAUUAUAAGCGCAGCACUUUCCUUUGCUGCCUGUGCAUGUGCCACCACGCAUGUAUCUGCACUGCUUCAUCUGCAGAAUUACGUGAUCAGCCGGUGCAGAAGCACUGGAAGUCUCUUGGGUCCUGUUAAAGUGAAUACAUGAAUUACUUGUUCUUUAGUGAACGUUCACUCACCAUGCAAUCAAAGCCCCAAUAUCAGACAAGAUAGCUUUGUAGCAGUUUUAAGCUGUUCGUUGAGGAUCAUAUCAAACUUCAUUCUUAUAACUCCCCACGCGUCCUUCAGCAUCGAUAGUUCUUUUCAUUUAUUGGCAUCUUAAGUUGGCCGUGGAACAUUGUUCUUAUGUGUUUCACUCCCUUCUCCUGUCUCUCGGAAGCGCUGACAGCUGAAAGUUUGUUUUACUUCUUCAUUAUAUCUUUUCCAUUUCUGCAUUUGCCUAUGCCACAACCGGGUUCACUGUCGCCGCGCUGUCUUUGACUACACCCUCUCUAGAGCACGCGUUUGUUGAAUUACCACGGGACGCUGGGAGUUGCGAACGAUGCGUUUCUUGCAGCGCAUUUUCGUUGCAACGCUGCGUCUGCGGCUGGUUAUGAUUGUGACAGUUGUUGGGUGCAUUGUAGGAGGAGAGCACACACUGUUUUGCUACCUUUCCUUUUUUUUGCUUUUCAACAAUGUACAGAAGCAUGUUUACACGCGCACUGGAUCCCACUUUGUGUAUGAUAAUGUUAACGCCUCACCGCCACUCGUCCCUAUCAUGUGGUCUCUCGCAUUGGCGAGUGCCUAUUUAUCGAAUGUAUGUACUACGAGUGUGCAUCUGAAGCUGUGUAGAUACUAUGCCCUGCUGCUGGUAUUUCUAUGUACCAUAGGAAAUAAAGAUCAUUUUCGACAA